UCCAUCAGGUAAGCCGAGAUGGGUGCCUACAAGUACAUCCAGGAGCUAUGGAGGAAGAAGCAGUCAGAUGUGAUGCGUUUUCUUCUGAGAGUCCGCUGCUGGCAGUACCGCCAGCUCUCAGCCCUGCACCGGGCGCCCCGCCCCACCCGGCCAGAUGAGGCGCGCAGCCUGGGAUACAAAGCCAAGCAAGGUUACAUCAUAUACAGGAUUCGUGUGCUCCGCGGUGGCCACAAACGCCCGGUUCCUAAAGGUGCGACUUAUGGCAAGCCUGUCCAUCAUGGUGUUAACCAGCUCAAGUUUGCUCGUAGCCUUCAGUCUGUUGCUGAGGAGAGGGCUGGGCGUCACUGGGGAGCUCUGAGAGUCCUGAAUUCUUACUGGGUUGGUGAAGAUUCUACAUACAAAUUCUUUGAGGUUAUCCUCAUUGAUCCAUUCCACAAGGCCAUCAGAAGAAAUCCUGACACCCAGUGGAUCACCAAACCAGUCCACAAGCACAGAGAAAUGCGUGGGCUGACCUCUGCAGGCCUCAGGAGUUGUGGCCUUGGAAAGGGCCACAAGUUCCACCACACUAUCGGUGGUUCUCGCCGAGCAGCGUGGAGACGGCGCAAUACUCUCCAGCUCCACCGUUACCGCUAAUAAUAAAAGUAAUGUUUGUACAAUUCUUACCUAAUAAACAAUUUAGGACAA